CGGCGGCGAGGCCUGUGUAGACUGUGGAGGCCGGCGAUUCCUCUCCCGCUUCCCUGGGAGCCAAACUGAGCGAGGCGCUUCCUGGGCCUUGCCUGCCUGGUGUUUAGGGCAGUGAGGGGCUUCUCCGCCCCUUAGGAAACGUCACCACCACGCGUGUGGACUACAUCUUUCUGCUCCCCCGUUUUGGCAGAACUUCUAAAGGUUUGAAGAAGAUAGUAAGAAAACUACCAAGGACAGCUAUAACAGUAUUGUGUUGGCGUGUUGGCUGAUAUCCAAACGGGAUGAGCCGGAGAUGUCACUGCUUUGGUCCUUUCAUUAUUGACUGCUACUUCCCAGCGGAUGUCAGGUGGCGUGAUACCAGCCAAUAGUGUAAUUUCUCCAGUGGUGUAGGGCGCAGACAUCCUGUGAUAAUGAGGUAAUUACUACAUACUGAAAGUGCUGGGUGUAAACAUGUAUCAAUCAGUUGCUGGAGCUACCCAUCCAUUACAAACAGAAGAACAAGAAGUAGGCAUUGAUCCCUUGCAGAGUUAUGUGAACAAACCUGAAGAAGAUGUGUCACACGAGAAUGGAAGAAAGCAAUAUACCUCAGAUUCUGAUGGAACAUUUCUUACAUAUAGUAAAGAAUGGGAAGAAUUAUUUGUAAACAACAAUUACUUGGCAACAAUACGACUGAAGGGGAUUAAUGGGCAGCUGAGAAGCAGCAGGUUCCGUAGUGUUUGUUGGAAGCUCUUUUUGAAUGUUCUACCUCCUGAUAGAAAUCAAUGGAUCAGUAAAACAACAAAAUUAAGAACAUUUUAUAACAAGAUAAAAGAAAUUCAUAUUACAAAUCCACGGAAAGCUGGACAGCAAGAUGUGAUGAUCAAUAAUCCACUUUCACAGGAUGAAGGGAGCCUUUGGAACAAAUUUUUUCAGGACAAAGAACUUCGAGGAAUGAUUGAGCAAGAUGUGACAAGAACAUUUCCAGAAAUGCAGUAUUUCCAAGAAGAAAAUGUGAGAAAGAUUCUUACAGAUGUUCUCUUCUGUUAUGCCCGGGAAAAUGAGCAAUUGCUUUAUAAACAGGGCAUGCAUGAACUUUUAGCACCCAUUGUCUUUAUUCUACAUUGCGAUCAUCAAGCGUUUUUACAUGCAAGUGAAGCUGCACAACCAAGUGAGGAAAUGAAAGUUCUUUUGAAUCCUGAAUACCUGGAGCACGAUGCCUAUGCAAUGUUCACCUAUCUCAUGAAAACAGCAGAGCACUGGUUUUCAACCUAUGAACAUGAUAGUCAAAAGGAGAAAGAUGCAAUGUUGACUCCUAUUCCAUUUGCCAGACCACAAGAUUUAGGACCAUCCAUUGCUAUUGUAGCAAAAGUAAACCAGAUUCAAGAUCAUUUGCUAAAGAAGCAUGAUAUUGAGCUCUACAUGCAUUUGAACAGACUAGAAAUUGCACCACAGAUUUAUGGACUGCGAUGGGUAAGGCUUCUGUUUGGACGAGAAUUUCCACUACAAGACCUUCUAGUUGUCUGGGAUGCUUUAUUUGCUGACAGCAUCACUCUCGACUUAGUUGACUAUGUUUUCUUAGCCAUGUUGCUGUAUAUUAGAGAUGCCUUGAUAUCAAGUAAUUAUCAGACCUGCUUGGGACUUCUGAUGCAUUACCCACCUAUUGGAGAUGUUCAUUCAUUGAUCUUGAGAGCUCUUUUUCUCAGAGAUCCAAAGAGAAACCCAAGACCGGUGACUUACCAGUUCCAACAAAAUCUGGAUUACUACAAAGCGCGUGGAGCAGAUUUAAUGAAUAAAACUCGGGUCAAUGCCAAGGUUGCUCCACUGAACAUAAAUAAAGUUUCCAGUAGCUUAUUGAAUUUUGGCCGAAAGCUAAUUUCUCCAGCUAUGACAACAGGUGGUGCUACUGGGCCAAUUGUAGGUAGCAGUGGCAGCUUUUCAUCUGUUGCGGUACCCAUUAGGAAUGCAGUAGAGCUCCCACAGCAGCAGCCACAACAGCCGCAGCCGCAGCAACAGAGAAUGAUGAAAUCAGAAAGUGUUCCAGUGCAACUGAGUAAAGGAGAUGUAGUUACAGGCAAUGAUGCUCAAGUCUCUGCUCCUGUCCAGAAUCUAAGUGCCCUCCAAGGGACAGUUGCUACAGCAACUCAUGGACAAAGUUCAAAAAAUGUCAGCGCUUCUCCAAGUAUUGAAAGCUUGUCGGGGGAGCGUGAAUACACAGAGUCUCCACCUUUAUCUGCAACCAGGAAGGAAUCCUUUUUUAGUACUAUUUCCCAUUCUCGCUCUCACAGCAGAAGUAUGUCCAAGAAAGAAUCUGAAGAAGAGUUGGAAGCUCAGAUUUCAUUUCUCCAAGGACAGCUGAAUGAACUGGAAGCCAUGUGCAAAUACUGUGCAAAGACGAUGAACACCCAUUUGGGAAAUAUUCAAGAAGUCAUCCUGCAAGAACAUUUGGAUAAAGAAGAUGAAGUUUUGGUUUCCUUGGCUGGAUUGAAGCAGAUCAAGGAUAUUCUGAAAGGUUCCCUACGUUUCAAUCAGAGUCAAUUGGAAGCAGAGGAGAAUGAACAAAUUACAAUAGAAGAUGAUCACUACUGUUCCAACAAUCAGAAUAAGGUGGCAAAUGAGGCCAUGGAAAAUCCUUCAGUCACAAAGCAGCCCAUCCCUCCAGUAAAGCAGACUGCCAGUGAUCCAGUUGUAAGCUUGGCCAACAGGCAUGCUGACGACUAUAUUGUAGUUUCCAAAGAGGAAGAGAGGAAUGUGAAUGCCACUCCCGAGCAUGUGCAGACUGUGCCAACCUGCAAGAAUGUGACCACCAAGUGUGAGGCCCCAUACCACUCUUCUUUAGCCUUUUGUGAUCCACUAAUGGGAUCCAUAUCAGCCUCUUCUAGUAACCUCAGUUCCAGUCCCGACGAUGACAGCAGCAACAACAGCAAGGAUUCUGACUUUACUAUUGUUAGCCCCUUGGAGAUUUAAGUGAGCCAUUCAGAUAAGACAAUGAGAUUGGAUACACCUCCUCAGCAGAUAUACCUGAUGUUCCGACGAAUGGGGAAAUUGAUUCUGGGACUCAAGGCUCAAAAAAAGCCUGAAAAUUUAGACAGAGCACAGACAUGGUAAAGGCAAUCCUUUCCAAGAACAAAAUAAAACAAUAAAAAAGCAAAUACGUAAAGUUUGCCUUGAAAACAUCCACACAUUAAUAGUCAACUGGUGUGUGACUGCAUAUAUUAAAGGUUUUCUCUUUUGGCAGCUUCUUCGAAUAUUGAAGCAGCCAUUUAUAGUCUCCUUCAUCAUUGUAGAAUAGCAACUUGCAUAUAAUUUCAUGGGUUAAACAAGUGGGCAUCCCCACUUGUGAGGAAAGCAAAUAGAUACGCUAACAAUUGCAGGUCCUGACAGAAGAUUUGCUCUGGGGAGAUUAGGAUUUUCUUCCUGAAUACAUCAGCUAGAAAAUGAGAAAAAUAAAGAUUCAGACAACAGCUGGCCUCCUGAACCAUUUUCUCAUCAGGGGAAAGGGAGGAGGGGUAGAAACUAUAUUGAGUUUAUGUAUGAGCGAAGGCUGUGAAUUAUGAUUCGUAUAAGGCAGAAUGAAAUGAGGGGGGAAACCCAGCUUAAGUGCAUAUUAAAUGAUUUGCAGGCACUCAGACUCAUUGACACACAAA